UUAAUCAUGAAAUUCAUAUUUGUAUUUGUUUUGUGCUUUCUCCUAUUUAAUGAUUUAGUCAAAUCAGCUGAUGUAGACGACGCGGGAAAUGAGGAUGAUAAUGUAAUACCCCCAAACAAUGAAGAUGCUGUUGCGGUUGAUUCUGCUUUAGUGGUAACAGAAGGAGAUGUAUGUCCUGAUUCUAAAUGCCUGAAAAGUGAAAGAUUUGAUUGCGCGCUCAACAUGUGUGAUUUCAAAGCAACCCAAUAUUACAAAGAGAAAAAAGACCUCAUGACACCAUGCUGUAUGGAUCCUUGCACUGUUGGUUGUCCACUCAAAUAUGCAGUCCGACUUGAUGGUCAGCCAGCAUUUUCUGUUAAUGACACUAUGGUAUACACCAAACGCGAGGACCGGAGUGUUUUGGAUUUACUUUUGAAGAAAAAGUAGAAAAGAAUGCCUUAGAAAUACAACUAAAUAGAAAAUAUGCAAUUGAUUUA